AUGCCAAGAGUUGCCCCUCGUCUACUGAAAAAAGCUCUAAAGGCUCAUUCUUUACUGCCAUUGUUAUUGCCUGCGUGUAGAAGUAUAGAACAAAGUGCGCAGGAGUUUCGCUGGAUACGCAAUGAGCUGCCCAAUAUGAAGCAAGUAAGGCAAGCUUGUCUACAGAGAUUUAAACUAGUUCCUCUACAGUACAUACUCGGUAAUCAGCCGUUUGGUGAACUGGACAUCGUCUGCCGCCCAGGUGUUCUCAUUCCUAGAUGGGAGACGGAAGAAUGGGUUUGUGAAUUAUCCGAACGGCUCUUGGGUUCAAUGGGGCCAUUGAACUCGCCGUUUCCCAUAUGGGAUCUUUGUUGUGGUACAGGAUGUGUGGGUCUCUUGCUACAAAGGAGACUGGGACCUGGUUGUUCAUUAACUGCUGUGGACGUGACGGAUGCUGCUCUAGGUUUGUGUGUGGAGAAUGCACAUCGUAACGAUUUAGAGAGGCCCCGAUUAAUAGCCACUGAUGUGCUGACUAAGAAAAUAGUUCCAGACAGCCGAAUAUCCCUUCUGACCUGCAAUCCGCCCUAUAUCCCCAAGAACCAGUUUGCCGCCGACACUUCACCGUCGGUUAAAAGGCACGAACCACAGCUGGCUCUGAUUGGUGAUUUGGAGUUUUAUUCGAGUCUUGUGAAUACAUGGAUCCACCACACGGAUUCGUUCGUUUACGAAGUAGGAGAUCGGCGGCAGAUUGAAUACGUGAUGCACGGAAUCAGAGAUGACCCUCGUUUGCAACUAGAAUGGUGUGUAGGGUAUAGGUUGGACUCUUCCGGCUGUCCGCGGGUGGUUUACGGAUAUAAAGCGGAGUCGUCACUUGCGGGAGCGCUCAGCGGCUACGGAGAUCUACUGUAUAUACCCCCGGGUGCGGGGAAGUAA